UGCAGUGCCAAUUCCAGCUCAGUGCAGAGCAACAAGGCGAACAGAGCCAAGCGAGAAACCAACAAACCGCGGGCGAUUCGGCCGAGAGAGGUUGACGCAAGAAGCGCGAGAGGUGGUCGAUUCGAAGUUCUUGGGCGGGUGAAGCGAGGAGGCGGCCGGCGAUGGAGUGGCUGGACGAGUACGAGAAGCUGGUGAUCCGGAUGAACACCCCGAGGGUGGUCAUCGACAACGCGGUCUGCCCCACGGCGACGCUGGUCCAGGUGGACAGCGCGAGGAAGAGAGGGGUGCUGCUCGAGGCGGUGCAGGUGCUCGCCGACCUCGAUUUGUCCAUCAACAAGGCCUACAUCUCGUCGGACGGGCGGUGGUUCAUGGACGUCUUCCACGUCACCGACCGCCUCGGCCGCAAGCUCACCGACGACAGCGUCAUCACCUACAUCGAGCAGUCGCUGGGGACGUGGAACGGCCCGGCGCGCCCGGCGGCGCUUGAGGGAUUGACGGCUCUGGAGCUGACCGGCGCCGACCGCACGGGUCUCCUAUCCGAGGUGUUCGCCGUGCUCGCCGACAUGCAGUGCAGCGUCGUGGAAGCCCGGGCGUGGACGCACCGCGGCCGCCUCGCGUGCCUCGCCUUCCUCCGCGGCGAGGACGCAGACGCCGACCGGGUGGCCCGCAUCCUGGCUCGCCUCGGCCACCUCCUCCGCGGGGACACCGAGACGCCCGGCGCCGUGGCCGCCGUACCCGCCGCCGCCGUCGCGCACGCCGACCGCCGCCUCCACCAGCUCAUGUCCGCGGACCGCGACCACGAGCGCGCGUGCCCCACCCCGGCCGUCUCCGUCCAGAGCUGGGCGGAGCGCGGGUACUCGGUGGUCACCGUGCAUUGCCGCGACCGGCCCAAGCUUUUCUUCGACGUUGUCUGCACGCUCAACGACAUGGACUACGUCGUCUUCCACGGCACCGUUGACACCCCCGGCGACCAAGCGCGCCAGGAAUUUUACAUUCGACACGCCGACGGCAGCCCCAUCCGCUCCGAGACAGAGAGGCUAAGAGUGUGCCAAUGCCUUCAAGCCGCCAUAGAACGGAGAUCACUGGAGGGUGUGAGACUCGAACUGUGCACGCCGGACCGGCCAGGAUUGCUGUCCGAUGUCACGCGUACAUUCCGGGAGAAUGGCUUGCUUGUAGCUCAGGCCGAGGUGUCGACGAAGGGGGACUUGGCCUCCAACGUGUUCUAUGUGACCGAUGCUACCGGCAAUGCGGUCGAUCAAAGCGCCAUUGACGCCGUCAGGGAGAGGGUUGGCAUGGACUGCCUUGUUGCCAAGGAGGAACCCCGGCCGCAGCUCUACCAGAAGGCCGGGCCGGGUGACCGGGACAGCGUUGGCGGCAUUGGGCUGGUCUACCUUGGCAACCUUGUGAAGAGGAACCUGUACAACCUUGGCUUGAUCAAAUCCUGCUCAUAAGGCAGAAUACCAAACAACUAAGAGGUCCAGGAAGGCACAUAAAGUUCAGUCAGACAGUCACUUCAUUCUUAUGUGCUGUGGCAAUGCCGAUGGAGAUACCCUGCUCGUUUCUUCUCUUCUGCAAUCAACAGCAUGCCAUUGUUGUACAUAGAAGACUCAGAAAGACAAGGAGAAGCUGCGAAAGGGGUGUGUAUAGUGUCUGAAAGCUCAGACAUGGCCCAUUCAGAUCCAGAAACAAAGAGAAGAUCCAGGGGAAGAAGCCAGGAUUGCACAGGAGGGGUAGGAAGGAACAGGGUGAUAAAUCCUAGCAGUAGAGAAGUGUAGCUAUGUGCAUAGACAAAUUUGUUGCUGUUAGUAGUAGCACUAGUGUGUAGUGAGUGCAUUCAUACUGUCUUGUUAUCUGUAAUUCUGUACUGCACUGCUCUGCCUUCUUUGGCAAAGAAAAUUCUUUGGGUUCA